GAGCACCGGCUGCGGGCCGCGCCGCGCCGCACUCGGCCGCGAGCCGCCACGCACGCACCACGCCGCCACACCACCAUACCAGCUGCUCCUCCGCCGCCAGGCAGUAGACGUGCUCGCUGUGUCCGCGCCGCGCCGCCAGUAACCAAAACAUUCCAACCGAGCUGUGAUAACAAUGUAUACUCAAUAUACACUCAAAGAUAUUAAAGUGCCUGUGUAAAUAAAUAGUUACCAAUGAGGACUCCCGUGACCAUGUCACGAGCUUCCGCUUUCAAAACGUUAUUUUGAAUUAGCAAAGCGCUUUUUUUCUAUCAAUUAUUAUUUACUUAGUUAAAUUAAACUAAAGACUGUGAAAAUGACGAAGUACAAACUGAACAACGCAGUGCGGGCCGCGUCGGAGGUGACGCUCACGUCAUACGUGACGGAGGCGAACGGGAAGAAGGACUCGUCGCACUACCAGAUGCCGGACCUGGACACCAACCAGAACGGGAAGGUGGGCUCUCAGAACAGGAACCUGGAAGCGGGCCGCUGCCACGUGUGCCCCCACUCAUGCUCCUUCCUGCAGCAGACGGGGGAACUAGCCGCUUCACUAGCCAAGCAGGAGCCGGUAUUCGGUCUCAACGAGCUGCGAACCGGCGCAGGCGACUGCCUGUGCGAGCGCUACAGCGGCGGCUGCAAGCUGUGUCCUGCGCCGCCGCCGCCGCCCGCCGCCAAUAACCACCUCAACAAGGACGCCUGCCCCUGCCGGCAACCCUCCUGCGCACACCAUUAUAAUCACACAAACGGUAUCUACCCGGGCAGUGAGCUCCCGGGCAAGGGCGAGGAGGGGGGCGGGUGGCGGCGCGACGCAGCCCGGCGCGCGCGCGCCUGCUGCUCCGCCAAGACACUCCUGCGCAGGGUGCCUAUACUCAGCUGGCUGCCUCAGUACUCGCUGCGCAGUGGGCUCGCUGACAUCAUCGCAGGAGUGACGGUGGGCCUGACAGUGAUCCCGCAGGCGAUCGCGUACGCGGGCGUGGCGGGGCUGCCGCCGCAGUACGGCCUGUACUCCUCCUUCAUGGCGUGCUUCGUGUACACCGUGUUCGGCUCAGUCAAGGACUCCGCCAUCGGCCCCACGGCCAUCGCCGCCAUCCUGACGCGGGAGAACCUGCACGGGCUCGGCCCUGAGUUCGCCGUGCUGCUCGCCUUCCUCUCCGGCUGUGUUGAACUCGUCAUGGGCAUCUUGCAGCUCGGGUUCCUGAUCGACUUCAUCAGCGGGCCGGUGUCGGUGGGGUUCACAUCAGCAGCCGCCAUCAUCAUCGCCACCACGCAGGUCAAGGACAUCCUCGGACUCAGCUUCCCCGGGGGCAAGUUCCUACAGGUGUGGACGGGCCUGUACGAGCACAUCGGCGAGACGCGGCUGUGGGACACCGUGCUCGGCGUGACUUGCAUCAUAGUGCUGCUGCUGCUACGGAAAGUAAAGGACAUCAAGGUGAGCGUGGAGGAGCCGCCACCGUCGGCGCAGUCGGCGCAGUCCGCGCAGCCGGCGGUGUCGGAGCGCGCGCGCAAGCUGCGUGGCUUCCUCGCGCAGGCGCUGUGGUUCCUCUCCACUACGAGAAACAUCCUCGUGGUGCUAGUGUGCGCUGCCCUCGCGUACUACUUCGACACGCGGCAGCAGGCGCCCUUCGUGCUCACAGGCGAGGUGAAGCCGGGCCUGCCGACGCUGUCGCCGCCGCCGUUCUCGGCCACGGUGGGCAACCACACGUACACGUUCAUGGAGAUGGCUUCGACCCUGGGAUCCGCCAUCUUCGUCGUGCCGCUGCUCUCUAUACUAGAGAACAUCGCGCUCGCUAAGGUCUUCUCAGAGGGCAAGUACGUGGACGCGACGCAAGAGAUGGUGGCGCUGGGGCUGUGCAACAUCGCCUCGUCGCUGGUGGAGUCUAUGCCGGUGUCGGGCGCGCUGUCCCGCGGCGCCGUCAACCACGCCAGCGGGGUCGCCUCCACCGCCGGCGGGCUCUACACCGGCGCGCUUGUACUGCUUUCGCUGCAGUAUUUCACGCCAUACUUCUACUACAUCCCCAAGGCGUCGCUGGCGGCCGUCAUCAUCGCGGCCGUGGUCUUCAUGAUGGAACUGCAUGUCUUCAAGCCCAUCUGGAGAACUAAGAAGCUAGACAUAAUCCCGGCGGUGGUGACGUUCGGCGCGUGCCUGGUGACGCGGCUGGAGCUGGGCAUCGUGACCGGCAUCGCCGUCAACCUCAUGUUCCUGCUGUACGCCUCCGCGCGGCCCACCGUGCGCGUCACGCACGCCCUCUCAGGUGACGGCGUGGAGCACCUGGUGGCGGUGGUGGACCGCUCGCUGGCGUUCCCGUCGGCGGAGUUCGUGCGGCGCGCGCUGCGCAAGGCGGCCGCGCGCGCCCACAACCUGCCGCUCGUCAUCGACGCCACGCACGUGCAGGCCGCUGACUUCACCGCCGCCAAGGGUAUAAAAUCCCUGAUCGAAGACUUCCACGCGCGCGGGCAGCCGAUCAUCUUCUUCAACGUGAAGCCGUCCAUCGCCGAGGUGUUCCGCGGUGUGCGCCCGCGCAGCUUCCUGCACACCGCCUGCCGCUCGCAGCUCGACCAGCUGCUUCUGGCCGCGCGCAACCACAAACUACCACCCACCUAGCGGCCGCAGCGGCAGUGACGCACGAUCUCCGGACGCGCAUGCGCCGACACACAGUAUUUACUAUUGCCACGUUGAGACGCCACUACGUGAACUAUUAUUUAUAUAACGAUAGCCUAGCUUAGGUUACCUAGCGUAAGACAAGGUUGCGUGCGAGAGUUUUUGACAUAUUGAAAUAAAUUGUGAUGGUUGUUC